AAAAAAAAAAAAAAAAAAAUCAGAUCUAAUUACACAGCUUGUUAAAGACAUGGACGCGAGAAGAGGAGCUGCAGCCGCAAACACGAACAUUUUUGAACCCCUUUCUGAUUUCGUGCAAGAGGCAGAAUGCGACACUCUCCUCGUAUAUCUUCCUGGCUUCACAAAAGAGCAAUUGAGAGUCCAGCUAACAAAAUCAGGGCUCCUGAAAAUCAGCGGCACUCGGGCGACGGGCGAAAACAAGUGGAGCAGCUUUCAGAAGGAUUUUCCAGUCUCGGCAAAUUGCGACACAACAAAAAUCACCGCCAAAUUCGAAGACGGCAUACUCUACGUGAGGCAGCCGAAGCUCAUUGUCCCAGACGAUAAUAACAAAGAGGAAAAAAAAGAUUCACCCUCAAAAUCCCCACACGAGCCACCAGAACAGAAAACGACCCCAAAUGAAUCAACCGAGAACAAAGAACUAAAACCCACAAAACACGUGCCAGAAGGUAACAAGAAAACAGACGAAAACAGACAAAAUGCAGCUAAACUGGACGAUUAUAAGGUAGAAGCAGAAAGUCCGGCAUAUAGACUGAAGAUGGCGAGGCAGAAGGUGACGGUGGCCGUUGCAUUGCUGUUGGCUUUCGUGCUUGGAAUGUACAUUAGCAAUUUGAUGUCUGUGUUUUUCAGGAAAACAGAGGACUGAAAAAAGGCUGUAUAUGAUCAUCAUUUUGUGAUUGACAUAUGAUACCAAAUAAUCUGUUCAAACUGAAGUCAUGUAAUGUAAUGCAUGUCUCUGUAGUGCACUUUUCUACUGAUUAAUUGAAGAAGGGUG